AACAACAAUAGAGUCGGUUACUUUCCUUCUCCACGAUUAACUAAUGACCUCCAAUUGAGCAGAUAGAAAGAAUGCGAAACCGCACAUUUGACAAGCCCUUGCGUUUUAUAUGUUUCGUUAUCUUCAUAGGCCUAUCCAAGUCGCAUGACUAGAGAGCUUUCACCAUAAACGACGGCCAAUGGGUCGAGCGUAGAUCGCGGCGUCGAUCUAGGAGUUGGUGAUGCCUUUUCGCGCCUAGGUAGCAUACUCUCCAAGUAACCAUACCUCCUUCAGGGAUACGAUCUCCCUGACCUAACUCCAGAUGAUCUCAUCAUAUCGCUUGGGGCUUUCUUCGAAAAGUAUAACUUAACAGCAGUCAUCCCUACAUACUACCAAUUUUCGCAGGAGAUGGGCAAUCUAUUGGAUGUCCCGACCAUUUACGCAGCCAAGUACUUCAACUUCGGUGACCUCAGAGCCUUAGCCCAAGGGUACCUUAUCGCUGCCGAUGACGACACGUCAAAGCUUUACAGGAAAGCUGGAGACUACGUGGGACCAUCCAACAUCUCUCUUCAGUCAACCAUCGUUUCCACCAGGAGGCAAAACAAGACGACAGGAAAUCUCGAGCUUCAAAUCUCGGCCAAAGGAGAGGGACUUCGACUGCUCUCUUGCAAACAAGCCCUUUUAACCAUUCCCCCUACCCCCAUGAAUCUAGGAGGAUGGGACUUAUCCGCAGAAGAGUACGCAGCUUUCUCGCAGUACGUCAAUGCUAACGGGUACUGGACGGGACUAGUUACGGACGUUAGGCUUAGUUUGACAACAACGUAUUGGAAUGCCGCGACCACUACGCCUUUCCAGAUCCCUGUACUCCCGGGAAUGUACAUUCUAACACCCGUUGGGGUCGUCGACAACGUGUAUGAGGUCAAAUUCGGAUCUAACACCCAGGAUAUGAGUGACGACCUAGUCCAAGUGUACAUACAAGCUCAAAUCCGCACUUUGAGGUACGUGGACAACGUCACCAGUGCAAAGGAUCCAAGCUUUCUGUCCUUCUCUUCCCACACGCCAUUUCAACUUCAAAUUACUCCUGAGGCUAUUCGGGACGGCUUCUUCCGGAACCUCACCUCGCUACAAGGAGGUUUUGGUGGCAGAAUGUUUUACAGCGGUGCGACUUUCCAUACACCAUAUAGCGCGCUACUUUGGAGAUUCAAUCAGGAGGUUGUCCUGCCUCUGAUGAUGCAGCAGACGGAGCGGUGCUAGAUGUAGCACGAUAAUGGUACCGCCCUUCUUGCCGACUUGAUGAUAGCGCAGCUAAGCAAGUCAAAUGGACUUAGUAGAACUAAGUACCUAUGAUCUGUUAGGUGUUA